AUGAAAUUACGAAAUCAAACGUCAAAUGAUAAAGAUGAUACAGCAAUAUUAACGCCAGAUACUCUAAAUAAAGAGAAUCGAAUAAUUCCAAUUUCAACCGAACAAUUAAUACAAGUUCAACAAAAUGAUAAUUACGCAAAAAAUAUUCUGAACAAUAUCAAGCAUUAUAAACAUUAUAUUAUAAAUAAUAAUCUUUUGCUACGUCGUACGAAUCCUCCAGUUCCUUAUUUACCACAAGGUGAUCUUCGAAAAACAAUUCUGAAUAUUUAUCAUGAUACUGCAGCCAAUGACAUUGAUAGUUAUGUUAAAUCAUGUAUUUUAUGUGCUCAAUUUAAUCCUCGUCGACAAAAAACUCCUGGUACAUUAAAACCUAUUCAACCUCCUGAUGGAGUUUGGCAAUUAGUAUCUAUGGAUUUUCAUGGACCUAUUACUCCAACAACUCAACGUGGAAAUAAAUAUAUUAUAUCUCUUACCGAUGUAUUAUCAAAAUUCGUCAUUACAAAAGCUGUACGUGAUAAUACAACUCACACAGCUGUUAGAUUUCUCAUAGAAGAUAUUAUUUGA